AUGUAUUCGCGUCUCAAAAAUAAUAUUUUGUGUGUUUAUUAUCCAAAUAUCGCCACUUUAUAUGAAUUUCUUACCGCACAUUGUGGCAAUCAAAUCGAAUUGUUUCAAGAGGAGGAUCAAGAUGAUUAUAUAGAUUUACUAAAAACCUCACUUAUAAAUGACGCCGAACGGUCCUUUUCGCAUUACUGUUACCAGUUGGGCACGGAUACAAAAGAAAAAUUUGAAGAU